GCAUUAUUGAAGUAGAAAUGGUCAAUUCCUUAGCAAUAAUUAGGCACAAAUGUGUCUUUCUUUAGUAAUAUUGUAAUAUCCUUUGUCUGACAAUUUAGAGUUGACUUCUAAAACGUUGGGUUGGAAAUAAUGUUGUCUUCACACAGGCUGUUACGAAGCAGACAGUGAUGGCUCAACUUGCAUCAACGGAAACCUUUGAGUUUUUGUUUUACUUUCUUAAUGUUUCUUUAUUUGAAGCUGCUGCGCAUGGAGAAUAAAAUAUCGUGGACCCGAGAAAGUCAUCAUUGCUGUAUUAUUACUUAUACUGUAUAUAUGUUUCAGAAUUUCAGGCCAUUGUUGACAAAAAUAGUGAAAGAUUUCUGCUUGAUUUUGAGACAUGGCUAGUUCAGUUACUGGCGAUGCAGAAACAGCGAUAUCAGCAGAUUCAAGCACCAAACGCCGUGGUGGAGGUUGGAUUACCUUUCCGUUUAUGAUAGCUACGUUGUUAGGCUUGACAAUAGCUGCGUGGGGUUGGUUACUUAACUUGAUCGUCUACCUGAUCGAGGAAUUCAACGUGAAGAGCAUUGCAGCGGCUCAGAUUGCUAAUAUUGUUAGUGGUUGUAUCUGUAUGGUUCCAGCUGUUGCAGCCAUUGCAUCUGACUCUUUCUUUGGAACCAUUCCUGUUAUCUCAGUUUCAGCUUUCAUUUCUCUUAUGGGUGUAGCUCUACUGACUCUAACUGCUUCACUUGACACUUUAAGACCUAGACCCUGCGAAACAGCUUCAAUACUAUGCCAGUCUCCUUCGAAAACCCAGCUCGGAGUCCUUUACACGGCCAUAACUCUAGCCUCUAUAGGAACAGGUGGGACACGGUUCACAUUAGCAACUGCUGGUGCGAACCAGUAUGAAAAAACUAAAGACCAAGGAAGCUUUUUCAACUGGUUUUUCUUCACAACAUAUCUAGCCGGAGCUAUAAGUGCAACCGCCAUUGUCUACACCGAAGACAAUAUCAGCUGGACCCUUGGGUUUGGUCUGUCUGUAGCCGCUAAUUUCUUCAGUUUUUUGGUUUUCGUCUCGGGGAAAAGAUUCUACAAGCAUGACAAGCCUUUGGGAAGUCCCUUCACAAGUCUACUAUGCGUCAUUUUCGCAGCAUUACGCAAAAGAAAAGCUGUGGUUUCCACCAACGAAAAAGACUACCACAAUGAAUCAAUCACAAUGCCCACAAAGAGUUUCAGGUUCUUUAACCGUGCAGCAUUGAAACAGGAAGACGAGGUAAAACCAGAUGGCACAAUUCGCAAUCCAUGGAGACUAUGCAGCGUUCAACAAGUGGAAGAUUUCAAAGCAGUCAUAAGAAUCAUCCCUCUCGCCUUAGCCACAAUAUUCUUGAGCACUCCAAUCGCAAUGCAACUAAGCUUAACAGUUCUUCAAGGUCUGGUGAUGGACCGGAGGCUUGGUCCUAGCUUCAAAAUCCCUGCAGGCUCUCUCCAAGUCAUAACACUUCUCUCCACUUGCCUAUUUAUCAUAGUCAACGAUAGGGUUCUCUAUCCAUUUUACCAAAAGUUAACGGGAAAGCACCUCACACCGCUCCAACGAGUUGGGAUAGGCCAUGCGUUCAACAUUCUAAGCAUGGCUGUGACUGCCAUAGUUGAAGCAAAGCGAUUAAAGAUAGUACAGAAGGGUCAUUUUCUCGGAUCAUCAUCUGUUGCUGACAUGUCAGUCUUAUGGCUCUUCCCUCCUCUAGUCAUAGUAGGAAUCGGUAAGGAUUUGAUUCCGGAUAAUAAUUCAUUCUACGAGUUCAGAUCAAUCCGACCAUGUUCUUGUUUUUUGGUUGCAGGAGAGGCCUUCCAUUUCCCAGGGAAUGUAGCUCUGUGCUAUCAAGAGUUUCCAGAGUCUAUGAGAAGCACCGCAACAUCGAUAACCUCGGUGGUGAUUGGGAUAUGUUUCUACACAAGCACUGCUUUGAUAGAUCUGAUUCAAAGGACCACGGCGUGGUUACCAGAUGACAUAAACCAUGGAAGAGUUGACAAUGUUUACUGGAUUUUAGUCAUAGGAGGAGUCUUGAAUCUUGGCUAUUUUCUUGUGUGUUCUUGGCUAUACAGAUACAGAAACCUCAAGGAUGAUGAUCAUAAGCAAGCUGCAAAUGUCUCUCACUGAUCUUUAAGCUGGAGAAAGAAAGAACAUGUCCUUUGUUGUUAUCAUUUGCAUUUCUUUACAGAGAGCUUUGUCUGAAAGUAUCUCCAAUUUGUAGCCAUUGAAAAACAGUUUUUCAUAUGUAGAAUUGAUUUGGAAAUUUGUGGUAAUAUAAUCGUUUUGUUUCU